GACCGGUGCAAAGUUUCAACUAAAUAAAAGUCAAAGAAAUCAAAGUUUUACUACAGAAACAGAUUUUAAAUUGUAACAUUAUGCUACAAAGCAAAAUUUUAGUGGGCAGAAAUUACUUCCAAGCAUCAUGCCUUAAACAAAGAAAGAAAUUGUGUAAAGAUAUAGUUAAAAGGAUUCCACAGGCAAAUCACUACAGUACCUUGUCAGAUCCGGACUUUCUUCACGAAAGUAUUGUACCAACAGAACAUUUCCAAAAAAGUUUGCCUCGCCUCCCAAUUCCACCAUUAGAGAAAACAUGUGAAAGAUAUCUUACAGCACAGGAGGUUAUACUUACUUCAGAGGAGCUUGAGAAGACAGCCGUUAUUACAAAUUACUUUAAAAACCAUGAUGGACAAGAACUGAACAACAUUUUGAUUGCUGAAGACAAGAAAAACAAACAUACCAGUUAUGUGACAGAAGCAUGGUUUGAUAUGUACCUGAAAGCCAGAGAAUCGGUAGUACUGAACUAUAAUCCAUUUAUAGUGUUCCGUAAUGAUCCUAAACCAGAAUAUCAAAAUCAGCUGCUUAGAGCCACAAACAUGUUAGUGUCAUCCAUGAAAUAUCUGAAGACAUAUAGAGCAAAGGUCUUAGAACCGGAAGUUUUCCAUCUGAAUCCUAUUAAAAGUGAUACUUUGAAAUUUAGAAACUUUGUAAGAUGGUUACCGGAGUCUAUUUCCUGGUAUGGUGCUUACUGGUACAAAGCAUUUCCUUUAGAUAUGAGUCAAUAUUUUAGAUUAUUCAACUCUACACGAAUACCAAAGCAUGGUAAAGAUGAACUAUUUACAGAUGAAACAGCUAAACAUAUUCUCGUGAUGAGAAAUGGAAAUUAUUAUAUCUUUGAUGUUUUUGAUAGAGAUGGAAUGGUUUUAGCACCUGAUGUUAUCAUGGCCCAUCUGAAUUAUAUUCUACAAGACAGUCGACCAGCUCCUGAAUAUCCUGUGGGAGUCCUGACUUCUGAAAACCGUGAUACAUGGGCUACAAUUAGACAACAGCUCUUAAAUUCAGGCAAUGAAAAUACCCUACAACUGAUAGACAGUGCAGUUUUUGUGUUGACAUUAGAUGAUUGUGCUCCUAAAGAUCCAAAUGAUAUCACUAAAAACUUUUUACAUGGAGAUGGAAAAAACAGAUGGUUUGACAAGAGUUUUUCAUUGAUAUUUGAUAAGGAAGGUGUUGCUUGUGCGCACUUUGAACAUUCAUGGGGAGAUGGUGUGGCAGUAGUUCGAUAUAUUAAUGAAAUAUACAAAGAUUCAACAGAGAAUCCUAAAGUGCAUCCUGACACUAAGCCAGCAAAUGUUGAUUCUUCUAAAAUUGUACAGUGCUUAGAUUUCACACUGGAUAAUAAUGUGAAAGGAGAUAUAAAAACAGCCAAGAUCAAUUUUGAUAAACAUGUUGGUGCAUUAGAUCAGCAUCACUUGGAGUAUUUUAAAAUAACAAAGAAGACAGCUAAAGAAUUUCGCAUGAGUCCUGAUUCUCUGAUGCAGUUAGCUAUACAGAUGGCCUACUACAAACAAAAUGGUAAAUUUGUUGCUACAUAUGAAUCUUGCAGUACAGCAGCAUUUAAGCAUGGCCGAACUGAAACAAUGAGACCUGCCACCAUGUUAACUAAACAAGCUUGUGAGAUGAUAUGUAAACAAAAUAUCACAGCAAGUCAAUUAGAAUUAGGAAAAGCGCUAAUGAAUUGUUCUGAUCUUCACAACAAGCUAACCAAGGAUGCAGCAAUGGGUAAUGGCUUUGAUCGACAUCUGUUUGCUUUAAGGAAUCUAGCUGAAAAAAAUGGCAUGAAAACAGAAAUGUUUUCAGAUCCAAAUUACGCAAAGAUCAACCAUAUAAUCCUGUCAACUUCUACUGUAGCUAGUCCCUCUAUCAAUAUAGGAGGCUUUGCUCCUGUUGUUAGAGAUGGCUAUGGAGUAGGUUAUUCAAUAGAAGACAACAGAAUAGGAUUCAAUGUCACUAGUUAUCCUCCUGCCACAAAUGUACGAGAAUUUAUACAGUGUCUUAAUGAUAGUUUAGACGACAUCUAUGAAAUAUUCCAUGGAAGAAUUCCAAGACAAUCAGCAAAGUGAAAGUGGAGAUGAUGGGAUCAAUUUAUAUUCAUCGAGAAAAUACUUUAUAAUCAGCAUCUAAAGGGACCAUGUUUUUAUUUCAGUAUCCCAUAGAUACAGAGAGAAGCUAUUUAUUGUAUACAUAUUUAUUUGAUAUAUGCAGUAAAUUCUUCUCGGCUCUUUAGUUUUUUCAUUCAAGUUAUGUUUAAUUGAAGAUCAAACUUUGAACAAAUAUUUAUUAUUGUGCAAUGAUACAGAUUUAUAUUGUUAUUUGAUACCACAAUCAUUGAAAAUUGUAGUAAAAUAAACCUCUGAAGACAGCAUUAUUAAUUUGGUGGAUUUGCCCUCAUUUAUACUGUCAAAAAAUUUAUUGUAAAUUCAGAAAUUAAAGCGAGGUUUUUAUAAAUGCCAUAAUGCGACUCCUUAAGUAUCUCAGUAAUAAGAACUCGCAUUCUGAUAUAUGAUAUAUAUACUGAUAUAUAUAUAUGUAUGAAGCUUUUCCUAAAAUCGCAAUGAUUAAACUCGCAUUUUUGUUAAUUCUUCAAAAAUGGCAAUAAUAAAUGCACACAAUAAUUUCUGAAUUUACAGUAAUAGGUGUUAAAAGUAGAGAUGACAAUAGCAUUAUAAAAAUUUGGUGGUUGACUACAAUAUUUUAGUGCUUCAUGCUUGCUAAGCAAGAAAAGUAAUAACUUUUAUGAUUAAUCUUUAUGAUAGCAAAUCCCUUUCAAAGUAAACUCAACUUUUUUUAUAAGUGACUUAUAAUUAUCCCCUCGGUACAAGGUUCUUUCAACAUGAUAAUUUCUCAUACUUAUAUUAAAACAGAAUCAUCCCAAGAAUCUGUUUGUUAUAUCAUGUAAUAGAAGAAAUAUUAAUGUUACUUAAUUAAUCAGAAUAUUUAUUGUUAAGCUGAGACAAGACUGAAGUAAACACCAUUUUUUUUAUUAAAGUACUUCCUGUAUGUUUUCAAAAUUUAACUCCUUUUUUUAUGCCCCCGCCCAUGCAGAGGGGGCAUUAAGUGUUCCCCUUGUCUGUUCGUACGUACAUCCCAAAAUUAGUUUCUGUUCUCUAACUUGAGUUUGCCUCCACCUAAUGUUAUUAAACUUAUACACAAUGAUUAUUACCACAAAACACAGAUCAAGUUUGAGUUUGGGUGGCGUCACUUUUACUGUUCUAGGUUGCAAUUCUGUAAAUAUAGACAAUGCAAUUUCCCAUAAGAACUCCCUUUGCGGCUAAAACUGUGACACUUUUACUAUGAAGUUUCGUGAAAAAUAAUAUCCUAGAACGGAAAGUUUAUAUGCACUACUAUUUUAUUCAAAGGUCAAAAUAUAGGGCUGUGCAGCAUAUUUUCAACAUUUAUAUGCCCUGAACUUCUAAGAGUUUAAACUUAUACUAAAAUUCUAUACUACCCUUACCUCCAUUUUUGGACCUCCUAAGAAUUAAAAUUUAGGCGCUACCAUGUUCUUCUAUACUGGAUACAUUCCCAAGUGAUGUCUCUAUGAAAUGAAACACAGAGAUCAUAAAUGGGAACCAGUACGUUAACAAAUUAACAUAUCUAUGAAUAUUAUAUAUCUCCCCAAAAGAGGCGUGGUUUGAGAAACAGCUGUAUUUACAAAGUGCAACCUCUAGAGUUAUGACGCUUUACAAAUGGAAAAAUUGCUGAAUUUUUUGUUUCUGUUCUCUAACUUAAGUUUGUCUCAACCAAAUGAUAUGAAACUUAUACACAAUGCUUAUUACCAUAAAACACAGAUAAAGUUUGUAUUUGAGUGGCAUCACUUUUACAGUUCUCUAUAGUCAUGGCCCUUUAUAACGUUAUAUGCAAGUGGGGGCCUCAUCUGUGUUCCAUGGACAUUGUCCAUUUAUUUAACUUUCAUCCGCUGGAUAAACAAGAUUUAAAGACUGGAUAACUUUAUCUUAUGGACCACUAAGCUCUUUUAAAAAAUAUUUUGUAACUGUUUUUAUAUCAAAUCAAGAUAGUAUAUAAUUUGUUUUUACAAGGAUUAUCAGCUUGCAUUAUCAGAAAGCCUUGAAAAUUAUUAUGCAGUUAUUUUUACUUUUUAUUUUGGCAGUUUACCUCAGUUCAAUGAAUGAAAAUGUGUUUUAUUAUAAUCAGAUUAGGAAGGUUUUUUAACAGGCAUAAAUGUUAUUAAAGACUCUUUACUAGACAAACUAACCAUUUUGAUAGUCAGAAGUAACCAAAUUUUAUAAACUUAAAAAACGACAACAUACAAAUGAGUUUGAUCAGACUAUAUCCACCUAAUGGCGCUUCAAAGGCAUUACAAAUGAUGAAGCAGUGGGUAUGCAUAGAAAUUUUGUUGUGUAAUACUGACGGAUAUCUAUUAAGCAUGAUUGUAUAAUACUACCAGGGAUACCUGUAAUAUUUACUGAGUUUUUCUUAUGUCACUAACCUUAAUACCUAGACAUGCUCUAGUAACUUAUGAUAAACAGUAUCUAUUUUGAUGAAUUUCUGGUGUGUUUAAUUAAACUCUUAUCAGGAUAUUACAAGAAGUAUUUUCUAAGUGAUAGAAUUUGCUUCCAAGGAUCAAUGACUUUAAGACUUUAUUCUUGAUAACAUUUACUUUAAACCAACUUAUUGCUAAGGAGACUUUUUUAGGAUUCAUUAACCUUUACUGCAGGAUUUAUUUAAGUGAAGAUCCAAGUUUGGCAUUUUCCAUUUAAUACUGCCAUAAUGUUUGCUGACUGAUUUCCUGAAAGUUAAGUUACUGGUAGUUUAAAGUAAUCCAAUUGCAUUUUUAGUGCCAAAAAGAUAAAAACUCAUACCAGUAUUGAAUUGAACAUUUGCUACCGCAAAAAUUGUUUUUAGGUGACAAAUAAUUGUAAAAUUUUUCUGACUUGCUUCUCUUAUUGCCUCCUAAAAAUACUUAUUAUUGAAUUUUGAGUUUCUCUUGCCUUUAAGGUAUUUGAAGUGUAUUAGAUGUGGAAAAUUUGUAUUGUUAAACAGAAUGUGUUAUAUUUUUUUUUUUACUUUUUUGAUAUGAAUUAAAUUUAUAUAUACACCAUAA